AUGAGGGUUGUGAGGGUCCCGCUGGACGUCCAGCUGAACGCGGACAACCAGGAGAACAUCCUCUCCCAGCUGUUAGGUGACUACGACAAGGUGAAGGCGGUGUCCGAAGGCUCCGACUGCCGGUGCAAAUGCCUGGUCAGACCCCUGGGCCGUGGUGCCUGCCAAAGGAUUAAUGAAGGUGCUUUCAAAGCAGAGGACUUUUACACGGUGGAAACCAUCACAUCAGGACCCAGCUGCAAGUGUGCCUGCGUGGCCCCCCCGUCGGCACUCAACCCCUGCGAGGGGGACUUCAGGCUGAAGAAGCUGCGAGAGGCGGAGAGCAGUGACCUGAAGCUGUCCUCCAUCAUGGAGAUGCUGGAAAGUGCCUUUUAUGGCUUGGACCUUUUGAAGCUGCACUCUGUCACAACCAAGCUGGUGGGUCGGGUGGAAAAGCUCGAGGAGGGCAUGUCCGGGAACUUCACUCAAGAAGGCCACAGGGAGCAGGGUCUGCAGGACACCCAGCACAGGGACAGGGAGAACUGCUCCAGCCUCGUCACCAACAGCCUGGCUGACCUGGAGAGCUCUCUGCAGCGGGACGCAGAGGCUGCCUACACCCAGGCAGAGGGCAAAUAUGAGGAAAGAUUCCUGAAAGAUGAAACCAUCUCCCACCAGAUAAACUCUGUCGAGACCCUCGUCUCUCCGGAGGAUGAGAAGCCCAAGCAGAUCCUGCAGAGGAAGCUGCACGUGAGGGGCCGGCCUCCUUCCAAGCCCACCAUCGUUCGAGGGGUCACCUACUACAAAGCCCAGUCCAGCGAGUCGGAGAACGACAUCGAGGAGCCGCCGGACGAGCUGUUCAGCGGGGACAACACGGUGGACCUGCUGAUCGAGGACCAGCUCCUGAGGCCCAGGGGCCGGGGGAGCGAGGCCAUGAGGAAGCCCUCCCCGGUGGGAUGGCCGCCCACCCCCGGCAGCGGCCCCACCACCCCCCCGGCUGCGGAUGCUGCGGUGACAGCCACGGUGCCCCUGUCCCCUGCCGCCUCCACGGGGCCCACGCCGGACCCCAGUGCUGUGAGCUGGCUGACCCCCACCCCAGAGACCACGGUUGCCCUGGUGGGGCUGAUGGAGGAGGGGACCCCGCAGCUACCAGCAGCCUUGGCCAGCACAGUGGUGGCCACGGCCUCCGAGAGCCUGUCCUCAGCCUCCGCUGCUGUCCCCAGCCCUGAUGAGGCUGCCACCUUAAGGGACGUGGGGACAAGCUCUGCCCCACAGAGCAGCUCAGGAGCUUGGGGUCAGGCGAGCACCCCUGCGACGCCUGUCAGCCCUACCAUCCCUGCCACCCCAAAGCAGGCCCUGGAGGAGGAGGACAUCAGGAACAUCAUCGGGCGCUGCAAGGACACACUCUCCACCAUCUCGGGGCCCACCACCCAGAACACCUAUGGGCGCAACGAGGGGGCCUGGAUGAAGGACCCUCUGGCUCGGGAGGAGCGGAUCUACGUCACCAACUACUACUACGGGAACACACUGGUGGAGUUCAGGAACCUUGACAACUUCAAGCAAGGGCGCUGGAGCAACUCCUACAAGCUGCCAUACAGCUGGAUCGGGACAGGGCACGUGGUCUACAAUGGCUCUUUCUACUACAACCGGGCCUUCACACGCAACAUCAUCAAGUACGACCUGAAGCAGCGCUUCGUGGCCGCCUGGGCCAUGCUGCACGACGUGGCCUACGAGGAGUCCACCCCCUGGAGGUGGCGGGGCCACUCGGACGUGGACUUUGCUGUGGAUGAGAACGGCCUGUGGAUCAUCUACCCAGCCAUCAGCUAUGAGGGCUCCAACCAGGAGGUGAUUGUGCUGAGCAAGCUGAACGCGGCCGACCUCAGCACCCAGAAGGAGACCACCUGGCGGACGGGGCUGAGGAAGAACUUCUAUGGGAACUGCUUUGUCAUCUGCGGGGUCCUGUAUGCGGUCGACAGCUACAACAAGAGGAAUGCCAACAUCUCCUACGCCUUUGACACCCACACCAACACACAGAUCAUCCCCCGGCUGCUCUUUGAGAACGAGUACUCCUACACCACCCAGAUAGACUAUAACCCCAAGGACCGCCUGCUCUAUGCCUGGGACAAUGGGCACCAGGUCACCUACCAUGUCAUCUUUGCCUACUGAGACCCCCCCUGCCACAGUGGGGCACUGCAAGCCAGGGGCCACCAGCACCUUUUAUUAUUAUUUUUAUUGUUAUUUUGUACAAAUCAAAGAGUAAAUGAUGAGGUGUUUUGUUUUUUUUUUUUGAGCUGUUGUUUUUAUGGUGGAUUGUAGAUCGAUCCCCAGGCCAGAGCCAUCCCCUUUUGUCUUUGCUGUAACCUUACUUCUGU